GAUCUCAAUGCUGUAAAUAAAUCCAUGUAUAUAACUCUAUCAAUCAAUCCUUUUAUAGACGUGAUUUUCGGCUAUAACUGUGAUUUAUGUAAAGCUGGCAAUUUAACUAAGUUGGAAGGAAGCAGCCUCAUUAAGCCAGAUACAAAAUACAGUACCACAAUCAAACAGCAAAAGAUGGAUUUCCUUGUCAUUGAGGUGAAAUGUCCCAACAGUAGUGCCAACGAUGAUCGGUUCAAAUUAUCAAUUGAACUGCAAAUCUUAUUGAAUCGUUUGGUAAACAUUGGUAUUGAUUCUCCUGUGGUGUUUGGUAUACUAGUUUAUGGUAAGCGUUAUAUGUUUGUUUUAAUUGUGAUAUUUUUAAAAAUGGACUUAAAGGCACUAACUAUAUACCGAAUGAUUAAAAUUCGAUCUUGUUUUAUUCCUCAUGACUUGAACGACUUUGACGUUGUUCGAAAUACUCUUGCCUCUCUCUCCCAGCUCCGCAGCCUCGUUCUAAAUGAAGUUGAAAAAGCCAAAAAGUCUACAUCAAAAUUAAGUAAAUGUCUCAGUUGGAUAAGAGAUUCUAUCAUUGAUUAUAGAGAUUCGAACCACAAAUAA